GGAAAGCUAUUUCGGGUUACGAAAUUAUCGCGUUACGAAAGGAAUGGCGGAACGAAUUAAUUUCGUAACCCGAGGCACCACUGUACCUCCAAAGUGAUCCAAAGCAGCUUUAUUUUGGCAUAUCUGUUGAGGCCUUAUAUUACCCUGAUAAUAGUGUCCCUUAUAUAAAAUGGCAAAGUCAAGGUUUGCUUUUUGGAAUUUAGAUUUUUUGGGGGAAUGUUUUCAAGCCAUAGAUGACUGAAUCCAUGGAUAAAGAAUUUGUGGAUAUUGAGGGCUGACUGUAUUGGCUUUUAGAGUUUUUUUUUUUAAUAUAAAAUCUAUAUUAUUUCAGUUUGGGCAGUCUCUCCUGAAUCUUAUAGGAGCAAGGCAAAAUUCACCUCAUCUGAGUAUAAUAAUGGGAAAUUACUCCUUCUAUUUGUGUUUCAUUGAUGAAUAAACUGUUUAUUCUGAAGUCUGUUCUAGUUGCUAGUCCUAAAGUGAUAUAAAUUGAGCCAUAAAGAAGCUUUGUAAUGAACAAAACCCUUAGUAUUUCAUUAAUAUGUUAGACUAAAUGGAAGGCUAUUUCUAAUGUGCUAAUCCUUUAAUUAUGCAUGGGGAUUUUACAUAAAUGGCCUUCCUGUGAUUUGUGCAGGUACUUAUACAGGUUUGAAGAGCUAUGUGCUGCUCUUGGUGUACUCUAAUAUCCAGCAUUGUUUUUGUCUUGUGCCUUCCAGUCAUUUCCGACUUAUUCCAACCCUAAGGCGAACCUAACGGUUUUUAUUGUGAGAAUUGUUCAGAGGAUGUUUGCUAUUGCCUUCUUCUGAGGUUGAGAACAUUUGGCUUGCAUGAGAUCACUUAGUGGGUUUCAUGGCCCAGUGGGGAAUCAAACACUCAAACCACUAAGCAUUAGUGGUAUAUAUAGUGAGUAGGGCAGAAAGGGACAAUGGAAUUAAUGAAAGAUGCUGAUGAAUUAAUCCAAAAGAGACAGAGACGUGGCCCAUCAUCUCCAUGCUUGUUGCUGGACCAAAAAUUACAGGAUGAUUUAGAACUGACAAUCUUCUAGUGUUUUUUUAUAUUGCUUUUACCCUAUCAUACUGUUUAUUCAAUGCUAGUAAUUCCCAGUGUGCUAAUGGACUUCAAACAAUCUGCUAAUGAGAAACAAACUCUUAGAUAAGAAAACUUGAAAGAGUACCCUAUCUCUUUGUUUAAUCUAACUUGGAGAAUAAAUUUGUUGCACAUGUGCAUUGGGUGGGAUUGCAACAGAAUUUCUUGUUUUUAGUGGAGGCUGCGUUUUAUGUCUCUGUGUGUCUUUUUUUAAAAAGGCAUUCCUCCUUGCAAUCAGCAAGUGUGUCUAGGUUAUGGUGCAUGCAGAAAUCAAGGCGUUAAGCCCUUUGAAAAGCUAGUAAUUCAUUUAUACACAUUAUAAAAUGAACUCUUUUUAGGUGUAAACGUAAACUCUGCUUUCUGUUUUAAUGCUACUUCCCAGGUAGUUUUUAAUCACUGAUCUAAUAUAAUCACAGAAGAUAACCACCCAUAUUUUUCCUAUCCUUGUUUAGCACAUUUAUUCACAGUUUGUGAAUGUUUUAACUCCUGAGGUCGUUCCCCCCCCCCAACUGAUGUUGUGUAAUUUUACAUAAAACACAUUUCCAAUAUGGAGGUAAGAGAGUUUCUCUGAAGAAAGUGGCCUCAGUUAUUCAUUUUGCUUUUCUGAUUAGUUAAAUGGCAUUAAAAUUUCAUUGAUCUUUUUGCAAAGCUAUAUUUUAAAAUGGGGUUCUUUAAAUUCUCUUUCUACAACAAUUUUUACAAUAGAAAAAUAUUACCAGUUGUUUGAAAAAUUGUGUUCCUUGUUUGUCCUUAAAUAGUUAAUUGAAGAUGUUCAUUAAUAGUGAUAGUGCAGUUUGCAUUUCCAUAUAGUGUUCUUGUAAUAGCUGGCUGAAUAGUCCUUAUCUGCAGGUGCGCUAGUGGGAUGCUUUUUUCUUGAUACACCUAUCUGUUCUUGAAAAUUUGUUUUCAACAGAAAAUAUGUCUGUUGAAACUCAGGUUUGUGAAAGGGAGUUCCACACAUUUAAAGAAUACGCAAAGCCCUGAGGCUGCAGCAUUUGUUGUUGUUCGUGGUUGGAUUUCUAAAGAGAAAUUUUCUGUGCCUUCUGAAUUUUUUUCCAUCUUCCUUUGCCUCAACAGAUGGUGAUGCACUAUGAUUCUUCUGGAAGUGGUCUGAUGUGGAACAGAAUUUGAAAGAAUUUCAGCAAAUCAUCUUUGGCGUAAACCAUCAACAUUAACAUCAUGGAGGUGGUAUCAGCAGAAGUUAACAGCUUGCUUCCAGAAGAAAUAAUGGACACAGGUAUAACGUUAGAAGAUGAUGAGAACAUUGAGGCUGUAAUUGUGGGCGAGAGUAUUCCUAUGGAAACGGAACUGGAAGGAGUGUCAAAUGUAAGCUCAGUUGGUGAUUCUACUACUCCUGCUACAUCGUCAAUCACAACAGAGAUUGUUACAUUGCCCAGCAACUGUGUGAGCCACAUCACUGGCAAUACUUCUAUUGCAAAAACUGACACUGGUAUGGGUAUACAACCUUCAUUUCAAAGUGGCCUCCAAAAACUGGGUACACAGACUCCUGUCACUAUAUCGGCCAAUCAGAUCAUUUUAAACAAGACAACAGACUUGAAAAUUAGUAAACAGACUAUAAAACAGGAAGGACAACAGCUCAUUGUAACAACUCUGGGGAAGCCUGGACAGCCAUUUGUUCUAGCUGUACCCCACAAUCAACUGUCACAGUCUCAGAAGGCCACGUCACAGGUGCAAACAAGUGACUCAAAGGUUUCAGCGCAGCAGUUUAAGGUGGUAACUAUUGGAGGACGGGCAGAGGUGAAACCUGUCAUUGGCGUGUCAGCUUUGACUCCAGGGAGCCAGCUAGUAAAUACUACCACUCAAUCCUCUAUAUUGCAGACUCAACAACUUAAAGCAGUGCAGAUUGCUAAGAAAACUAGGACACCAACCUCAGCCCCAGUAAUAACAAAGCUGAUCUUCACAAAACCAAUCAAUAGCAAACCAGUUACAGGACAGACAACUCAAGUGUCACCAGUCAUUGCAGGUAGAGUUCUUUCUCAGACUACUCCAGGAACACCUCCAAAAACUGUAACUAUUUCAGAAAGUGGAGUUAUUGGGACUUCUAUAAGUUCUACUAUACAGCAGGCACCAAACAAGAUAGCCAUAUCACCCUUGAAAUCCCCUAACAAGCUAACAGUGGUGUCAGUUGCCUCACAACCUCCAAGCUCUCCACAGAAAACAGUUGGUGUUCCACUAAAUGUAGCCUUGGGACAACAGAUUCUUACAGUGCAGCAUUCAACGCCAUCUUCCCCAGGAAAAGCUGUGGCAAAUAGUACAACUACUCAGGCUGUGAAAUCUGCAGUACAAACCCUCACUGUAGGUGGAGUGAGUACAUCUCAGUUUAAGACCAUAAUCCCCUUGGCAACAGCACCCAACGUCCAGCAGAUUCAGGUACCUGGAAGCAAAUUUCAUUAUGUCCGGCUUGUAACUGCCACCACAGCCAGCAGCUCAGCACAGCCAGCCACUCAGAAUCCCAGCACUAGCACAGCACCCCUUCAGCAAGCUAAGCCAAUGGUGGUGAAUGCAGCACCUGUGCGAAUGUCAGUCCCAAUUGUCCCAGCAGCACAGACUGUCAAACAGGUGGCACCCAAACCGAUUAAUCCAACAUCACAGAUAGUUACUACAAGCCAGCCCCAGCAAAGACUUAUUAUGCCUGCCACACCACUGCCACAGAUCCAACCAAACCUCACCAACCUCCCCCCAGGGACUGUGCUGGCCCCAGCCCCUGGUGCAGGAAAUGUGGGAUAUGCAGUUCUCCCAGCUCAAUAUGUCACACAGCUGCAGCAGUCAUCCUAUGUAUCCAUAGCAAGCAACGCCAGUCUUAGUGGGACAUCUAGUAUCCAGACCCAAGCUCGACUGCCAUUCAAUGGAGUAAUUCCUUCUGAAUCUGCAAAUCGUCCCAGAAAGCCAUGCAACUGUACAAAAUCACUGUGUCUUAAACUGUAUUGCGAUUGCUUUGCCAAUGGCGAGUUCUGCAACAACUGCAACUGUACAAAUUGUUACAACAACCUGGACCAUGAAAAUGAUAGACAAAAAGCAAUCAAGGCCUGCCUUGAUAGAAAUCCUGAAGCAUUCAAGCCCAAAAUAGGGAAAGGAAAAGAAGGUGAAUCAGAUAGGCGACAUAGCAAAGGUUGUAACUGCAAGCGGUCUGGGUGCCUCAAAAACUAUUGUGAAUGUUAUGAGGCAAAGAUUAUGUGUUCUUCAAUUUGCAAAUGCAUUGGCUGCAAGAACUUUGAGGAAAGCCCAGAGCGGAAGACAUUGAUGCAUUUGGCUGAUGCUGCGGAAGUACGAGUCCAGCAACAAACUGCUGCAAAAACAAAGCUAUCCUCACAGAUUUCAGACCUGUUGACAAGGCCAGCACCAGUGCUCACGAGUGGAGGAGGAAGGUUGCCCUUUACCUUUGUGACGAAGGAGGUUGCUGAUGCGACGUGUGACUGCUUACUUGCGCAGGCCGAGCAGGCAGAGAAAGCAGGCAAAUCAAAAGUGGCGGCAGAGCGGAUGAUUCUAGAGGAGUUUGGGCGUUGUCUGAUGAGAAUCAUUAACUCAGCAGGGAAGUCUAAAAGUGACCCUUGUGCCAUGAACUGCUGACUCCUGAAAAUGAGCUAUAGUCUGAACAGGACACUAAAAGGCACAUGGACACUUUGGUUCACAGCAGCAUUCUUCAUUCUUGGUGCUGCUUGGUUUUUGUUGGUGUGUGUUAAUAUUGAAGCUUUGUAAUGACAUGUAGCAUUGUAACUUCUAUUUAACAUACACAGUGUGUAUUUUCCCCCUUCUCAGCCUCUAAAACUGUACAGAACUGUGCAAGGUUUAGAUGGCUUCCUCCCUUUUCGCUGUUAGAAAAUGUUAUUCAGACAAUUUAACUUAUUAUUUGAAAUGUAUAGUUUUGAAUUUUGUAUAGUGGGGUGCAGGGGUAAUGGACACUGCCAAGUCUAUUAGAAAUAUCUCUUGAGCACAUUUAACUGAAAUUCCUGGACAUAUGUUCCUAGCAUAUUCCCUCAGCUAUGCAACACAGAUUUUGUUUGCAUCAGCAUAUAGAUAAGAGUAGAUCAUCUUUGGAUGAAUUGGUGGUGAACAAAAGUCAAUAAAGAUAAAUAUUUGCUGAAAAGCAAUUCAAAAAGAGAUGCAAAUCUGUCAAUUGUCUUGGCUGCAGUUCUGAUUUCAGUGGAAAUACUUCUUGUAUUAAUUAAGAGUAAUGCAUUACCAGAGCUAGAUAAGGAAAUAUACACUGAUAUAUAAAAAUCAGGGUCAAACUUGUGUCUUAGCUUCAGAAUAUCAUAAAACAAUUUUGUUUUGUUUUUUAAAAAACAAUAUAUCAUUGUAAUACUUGCUCUAAAUUUUAAUAAACCACAUUUAUUUGGUUUUUGGAAAUAUCCAAUAUUUUUGGACAGAUUUUAAUGUAACUAAGAGACUUUUUAAAUUUAUGCUGCGUCCUGGACGUCCCUCAGGCCAUUGGAGGCAAAGCUUUCUUGGCUUUUUCUCUUGAGCUAGCUACCAUUAUUCAAGAAACAAAUUCUUUGUAAGUCCUUAAUCACCCAGAUAUGUUUCAUUAGGAGAACAUAAAGGGUAAUUAUGUAAUACAGUAAUAUUUUAUGGCAUCUCAAAUUUGGCUUCAUGUACUUCCACUGCAUAAAGCUGGAAAAAAAAUCCGAUGUUAGGCUGUAUGCUAAUAUAAAAGGGUUGAUGCAGCCAAUGUUUUGUUUUAUGUACCAUCUAGAGAGGAAUUUGUUAUGUCACUCUCUUUAACAUUGCAUGAGAAAGAGGGGGAACAUAGGAUUAACUUUAAUUCCUAUAUAAUGACAAAUGUUGUUGCUCACUGCACUCUAACCUUUUCUUUAAUUCCCAGGUAGUGACCAAGACCCACAAAUGGUCAUACUAUAGAUGCUUGCCCUAAAAGGAGUAAUUUCUCACUCCCACACUAGAUUGCAUAGUAAGAUCCUUUUGAAGGGAGAUUCUCAGUCAGUUUAUGACUGGCAUUGGAGGAAUCCCCUUCAGCACACUGAAAGUGGCUUUUAGGAUCUCAUUGUCAGUGGAAAUACAUAAAACGAGUCAAAGAUUGCCUCCAAGCAUGUGUGCUGUUUCAAUACUGAAGUGUUGAGGGUGCAGUUCUCUAAGGAUGAGGUGUGUGUUACAUACAGAUCUGACUAGAAUACACUCAGUUCACUGGAUGGUAUUAAAUCAUUUGGAAUUGUUAAAUUCCAUGUACUUUAGUGCAUCUGCUUUCAUUGGAUUGUGGCUGAGAGGAUUGAGAAGGUGGAACUGUUCAUGUGGAACUGUUCAUCUGCCCAUGUAGCAAAAAAAGAUCCGUCAUACAAAUCUGGGUGUUUCAGGAGGGAGGAAAUCCGCCAAUUUUGUUUCUUUCUUUUAGCAGAAAGCAGAGGCCUGAAUUGUUCAGAUUGGCUGUAUCCAAAUUAACUGCAACCCAUAUGUAUUUUUGAUAUGUUUCAGUUCAGCCGAAUUUUAAAUAUAUUUUAGUAGUGUGGUGUGUUAACUUUACACUGUAUUAAAAGGAAACUAGACCUAGAGAUUACCUGGUGGAACAGGAAAAAAGGAUGAAAUUGCAUUGUUUGAACGGAGGUGCAUAGAAGCAAGAACAUUUGUUAACAAAUACAAUUAAAAUGUAUAAACACGUCUGCAUGUUUUUCUAGCACAGCAAACUGUUGGAUAAAUUUCAUGAAUGGUUAUGAAUUCCACGUUUCACUUUACAAAGCACUUCCUAAAUAUCUUAGUCUGCUCUGUAAUUAUUAUGCUGCGAUUGUUUAAAAGGGAUUUUUUCACAAUAUACCUGUACAUAUGUAUUCUAUUAUGUAUCUGCGCAUGCACGCACAUGGUUACACAUACACAUCCUGAAAGGGAAGAUGUUCAUUUUUGCAGAAUAUUUUACCAGCAUAGCUCUUAAUUGGAUAAAGUCUGUAGUACUCAGAGGUGGAGAGAAUUCACCUUUUACUAAUUACAUCAAUAUCCAUAUGAUGAAAGAUUUGUAUAAAUGUAAAUUACUGUAAGUGGAUAAAGUAAUACCUGAUCAAGUUAUUUUUUAAAAAAUGCAUCCUUUUGGCUAGAACUAAAUUGUUUAAUUUUGUAAAUAUUGUGUCUUAUUCAAACUCGCACCUUUUUUGUGAUGUGUAUUUAUAAGUGUGCAGAAACCCUUUUGUGAAGUUUGGAUUCCAGUUGUAGAUUAUGUAUGAUGGAACUAUGUGUAAAAGAUUUGAAAAAGGUGCAAUCAAAGAUCUAGUUUCCUGUCUCUUAGAAAAAGCUCUCCCUUGUACUUAGCUUGGUUCUUCCACCUCUCUCGUUUUUGUUUUUAAACUUGGUCAUUUGCAUUAAAUUCAAGAACAAGCUGGUAAAAAUAAUCAACUUCUCAGGAGAUACUGGGAGAAAAUGUAUGGAGCACACCUGCAGCAUAUUUGUCUCCAUUUUGCUGGAGCUUGGUAGUAUUCUAUCAAAGCCCUUUCAGAAAUGAUUGGCAGGUGCCUAGCCAGAAGGCUUUUGUAUCAUAUUAAACGUCAGCAGAUUUUGAGAGGGAAGGGUAGCGGGAUUAAUUUUCUAGUUCUGGUUUACAUCUAAAUAGAGUUAAAUUUAUAUUUACUAGACCUAUUCAAAGAGUACACUUUUUCUAUAUUGUAAAAAACAAAUGUCAGAUAAAUCACAAGGAAAAAAUAAUAAAAUGUUUAUACUAUUAUGUACAAA